UCCGGCCCGUGAUGCCGCUCGGUGAAGGCCCAAGGCCCAGCCAUGUCCCCCGAGGAGCUGGCCGCCCUGCUCUGUGGGGAAGGGGACGAACGCCUCUCCCUGCAGGAAUUUCCCGCAGCCACGGCUUUUUACCUGGCUGCCUUCAGCUGCUGCGCCCCCACAGCAGUGCAGAGAGUGAACUCCAUGGCCCACGCACUCUGGGAGAGAGUGGUGGCCACCUUGGAGGCCUGGUGCCAAGGCAAGGCUCAGAUCCCCAAAAUCCAGAGCAGGAACUUGGCCGUGGUGUCCCUCAGCGUGGGAAUAGCUGCGAUUUUCCUCUCCACCCUCAUCCCAAACAACGUGGUGGCCUCAGUGUACGAGCUGGAGGCCUUGCUGGGGCGAGGGUGCUCGGAGGAGGUGGUGAGGAAAUGCAAUCUCCUGCUGGAGGGUAAUCCAAGGGGCUCCAUGGAGCUGCUGCUGCUGAGGGCGCUGGCACGGGUGCUCUCAGGGACACAGGUUGGGAAAGGAAUUGUGGAUUAUAUCCAAGCUUUUGUGCUUCACCAAGCUGAGGCAGCAGCCUACGUGUGCAGCAGGCAAAGGGAGCACCUGCCCCAGGUUGUCCAGGCUUUUUCUGAUCAUCUCUCCACGUGCCAUGAGGAAAGCCCAAGCUGCAGCUCCUCAGAGCAAUGGCUGGGUGAGUGCUACAGAUUCCUGGCUGCAGUGGCACCAGGGCACGCCUGGGUGUGCAGGGCACGGGCAGCCCACCUGCGAAAAAAAGGAGAGUUUCAGGAGUGUGUGGCUGUUUGCACCAAGGCCCUUGAGGGAUUCUCAGCUGAGAAUCUCAGAGGUGAGGACGUUCUGGCUCUGCUCCUGGAACGAGCUGCUGGGUAUUUCUUCCUGGGAGAAUGCACACAGGAAAUGAUGCAGGAUUUAGCAGCAGCCUUUGCAGCAGACCCUGCCCAGGCAAUGAAAGGCUUUGAAGAGCUUUUCUCAGCCUGUGAUGCUGAGAAGGUCGAGGAGCAGGCCAGAGCUGCCCUGGAGGGGAGGUUUGCAGCCUACAGGGAGGCUGUGCGUGCUCGGGCUGAGCUCAGGGGCACCUGUGGCACUGAGCUGCUCCCUCCUGUCAUCCAGACAAUCCAGCUGCUCCUGCACAUCUGCCCAGCGUCCAGCCGGGAGCUCAGGGUCCGGCUGGCAGACUGUCACCUCCUGCAGGGACACCCCAGGGCUGCCCUGGACAUGUGUGAGCAGCUGCUGGCAGCUGAGCAGAGCACUUACCACAACACCCUGCUGGCACUGCGAGGCUUCUGCUCCCUCCACGCCCAGGACCACCAUGGAGCCCUGCAGGACUUCCAGAGGGUCAUCGAGCACGAGUCCCCACACCCCAGCAGCUGCAUCAAAGCCCUGUGUGGGCGUGGGCUGAUCCGUAUUUCUGGUGGCAGCAAUUACUUGACAGCUCUGGAUUAUAUCACAGCUUGCCAGCUAAAGCUGGAUGAAACCAUCUUCACCAUCAAGUCCUACGUGCCAUGGAACCAGAGGGGAUUGCUGCUGAAGGUCCUCCAGGAGGAAGGACAGAUGAUGCUCCAGAAGAAGAGAGAUGCCCCUGGGGUUUUCCAGCUGGCUUCUCUCUUGGUGGAGCUGGACAGCUCUGACGAGGCAUCCCGGAUCCUGUGUGCUGAUGCCCUGUACCAGAUGGGCCGUGGGGAGGAAGCCCACGAGAUGCUGUCCCUGGCCCUCUCCAGAAACCCACAGCGAGCUCCUGUGCUGGCCAGGCUGGCCCUGCUGCAGCUCAAAAGGGGCUCUGUGUAUGAUGGCAACCAGCUGCUGAGGAGGCUGAUCAGAAUUGGAGACUCCUCCUGCCUCCUGCCAGUGCUGGACAUUUUCCAGGACGAGGACAGAAAGCUGCUGCAGAGCCACUGCCGCUGGCGAGCCCUGGCCAUCCUGAAGGGCAAACAGGAGGCUGCUGCCAUCAGAGAGGCCAUUGCCCACCUGUCCUUUGCCAUCCUUGCUGCAGGUGGUUAUGCUGAGGAUUGCCUCCUCACCAGGGCUCGAUGCUACGGGCGCCUUGGGCAGAUGAAAACUGCAAUUUUUGAUUUUAAUGCUGUCCUGAAGGAGGAUCCCAGCAAUGUGCAAGCUCUGAGCGGCCGAGGGUUUGUUCACCUGGCUCUGAAGCAGCAGAAGGAGGCAGUGCAAGACCUGAUCUCAGCACUGAAGGUGGAGGCAGGAGCAGUGAUCCCAGCAAUCCUGUCCUUGAAGCCUGAAGCCCAAGGCUUGGUCACUGGGUGGCUCCUCCAGCAUGGCAGGGCCACUCUCAGCGAGCUCAUGGCCACCAAAGAUGUCCCAGGAGAAACCCUCAGGGACCUUCUCACGAUGGCAAAAGCCCUGACCAAAGUCUGCAGGGCUGCACAACAUCACAUCUUCUACACUGAUGUUCUGAUGGCAAAUGGAAGGCACCAGGAGGCCCUCAAGCACCUGCAGGAAGCCUUUGGCCACUGUCCUGCUGAGGACACAGCCAGGGCUCGCCUGGCUGUGCUGCAGCUGCAGGGCAGGAACGUGGCAGGAGCAGCUGCCCCGCUCAGUGCCCUGGCCAGGAGAGAUGAGAAGGACUUGGCCUUUCUCCUGAACUUUGUGGACACCAAGAAACAGCAGCAUCUCGCUCAGGCAGCAGCCCAGGAAGGGAAGGUGCUGAUGAAAGGCCACAACCACCAGCAGGCUCUGGGCUACCACAGCCUGGCUGUGCUGGCCAGCAGGGCCAACCCCAGGUACCUGAGGCACAGAGCUGCCUGCCUGAUGCACCUGAAAAAAUACGAAAAAGCUCUGAAAGACAUGGAGAAAGUGAUCCAAGGGCAUGGCUCUAACAGCCCAAAAACCCAGGCUGGGGAUCACUGCUGCCAGGGCUUCCUGCUGCUGGCCCUGGCUCAGGAGGAGGCAGCAGUGCAGCACUACAUGCAAGCCCUGCAGCUGGACGAGCCCCUGGCCCUGGGCACCAUCACUGAGUGCCCUGGCAGGGAAUCUUUAACCCAAACUUUUCACAAAAUUGCACAAUACAACUUUGAGAAGCAGCGCUAUGAAGAGGCCUGGAAAAUCACGGACUAUGGGCUUAAAAUUGAUAAAAGUUCUGAGCUCCAGAAGCUGAAAGCAAGACUGAAAAGGGAGGCAUCGAGCUGCAGCAUACAUUGAUUGCUCUGUUUGGGGAUUUUCCAGUCUGAUUGCUUUCUGGGAGGCUGCAAGAAUGAAGGAAAGAUGAGGAAGAUAAGAAAGAUGAGAAGCUGGUGAUAAAUAUGCAACAGACACUGGACAUGGAGUAGAAAGUUUAAGGCAGCAAAACAAAACUGACCAAGAGAGCAAUGAGGAAAAAAGCAAAUUGCAGCAUUCAGGAUUCCUUAAAAUUAUUGUGGAUUAUGUAAACUCCUCAUUGUGAAAAAAAGCCUUUUUUUCUGGUUAAACAACAAAUUCUAACACAGGGGUUCCAGUUCUACAGAAGGAAAACAUUCCAAUCACUUGCAGCCCAUGAAUAAUAAUCAUGUAUUUCCUAAGCUAGCAUUUGAUGAGCUUUAACACUUACUGUUCCAUCAAUUUGCUUUAUUUUUAUGGGCCAGUCAAAAGGAUCAGUCAAAAUAACUCCUGUAAGGUGUUUGUGAAGGCUCUUUUUGUUGGUUUCUACUGGAAGGAAAUUGAUCCAAUUUUAUUUUUCAGCUUGCAAAUGGAGCCAACAGUUAUUUAAAGGCAUCAUUUCAUGCUUGGAAAGAAGCCCUCCCACAGCUUCUUGAUGCCCAUUAUGGGGGAAAAGCCUCAUCAGUGUCACUAGGGUUAAAAUGGAAUUUGAAGGAGUGUGUUAAACCCUUCUCCUGCCCCACUCUUGGAUGAAGGAUCUGCCCUGGUGGGAAUGCAGUGGAUUUGUCAGGAUCAGCACCAAUAUCAGGGAUGGGGCAGCAGAAAUCCCAAAUAAACUGUUCUGCUGGCCCAGGGACAGUGAAAUAACACAAACAGAAACAGAAAGGACCCAGGUGGGGCCCAGAGCAGCAGCUCCCUCCUUUGUUUUGUCUCCAAAGGAGUUGUCCCAAAGUUUUUGGAGUAGCACAACCAUGGAGAAAAACAGAAUCUGCUGCUGAAAACAAAGAUGAAAGCAAUGCUGAGGAGUGCCCUGCUGCUUUGAUUAGGAUGAAAGGGAAGAGGAAGCAUUCUCUUUUUUGCUGUGCUGUUGUCUCAAAGGCACCAGUCCAGGGUGGAACUUCCUUCAGCAGCCAUGGGAUCAGCCCACAGCAAUGGCACAGCCUGGAACCUUCCACCUUUUCCUCUUUGCAUGCUCCUUUUCUCUGCCCUAAGGGCACAGGUAAGACUGAGCUUCCUACCCUUCAAAUUCCAUUUUAAUCCUUGCGACACUGAUGAGGCUUUUCCCCCAUAAUGGGCAUCAAGAUGAUGUGGGAGAGCUUCUUUCCAAGCAUGAAAUUAUAUCCUUAAACAACUCUUGGCUUCAUUUGCAAGCUGAGGGUAUAUCCUCAAGGAAUUCUGCUGGAAAUGUCACACAGCUGUGAAGAAUUCAAAUAUAUUUAUAUUAAUCAAGAUUAAUGUAAUCAAGAAGAAAAUACAGCCCAAUAAAAGAUGAAACUGGA